AUGGAUGAGGAUGACACGGUCCGUAAGGCAAGGCAUGGAGACCCUGGCCACGGCAAACAGCACCAAGGUAGUGUAAGUCAUUGGAUGGAUACGGGAACCACGGCAAGCAACACCAGUCGUAUGGAUGAGGAUGACACGGUCCGUAAGGCAAGGCAUGGAGACCCUGGCCACGGCAAACAGCACCAAGGUAGUGUAAGUCAUUGGAUGGAUACGGGAACCACGGCAAGCAACACCAGUCGUAUGGAUGAGGAUGACACGGUCCGUAAGGCAAGGCAUGGAGACCCUGGCCACGGCAAACAGCACCAAGGUAGUGUAAGUCAUUGGAUGGAUACGGGAACCACGGCAAGCAACACCAGUCGUAUGGAUGAGGAUGACACGGUCCGUAAGGCAAGGCAUGGAGACCCUGGCCACGGCAAACAGCACCAAGGUAGUGUAAGUCAUUGGAUGGAUACGGGAACCACGGCAAGCAACACCAGUCGUAUGGAUGAGGAUGACACGGUCCGUAAGGCAAGGCAUGGAGACCCUGGCCACGGCAAACAGCACCAAGGUAGUGUAAGUCAUUGGAUGGAUACGGGAACCACGGCAAGCAACACCAGUCGUAUGGAUGAGGAUGACACGGUCCGUAGGCAAGGCAUGGAGACCCUGGCCACGGCAAACAGCACCAAGGUAGUGUGA